AUGCAUGCUACUACUUCUUAUAUUCAAUAUUCAACUGAUUAUCCAUCAUUGUUAUCCUAUGCACAUAAUCAUCAUCAUUUAAAUGCUUCCACUAGUACUCAUGCAUCCUCAAUCAGCCCUAAUUCAACACAUUUACUAUCUUACAGUGGUUAUAAUACUGGUCUUGAUUUACCAUUAUAUUCAAAUAAUAUCAAACAAUUACAAAGUGAUGAUGAAGAUGAUAAUCAAUCAAUAUCUUCAUCACUUGAUAAUACAAUUAAUGGUGCAUUAAUACCUUUUAAAAAACGUUCACGUACUGUACCAGCCGAAGAAAAAGAUACUACGUAUUAUGAGAAACGCACACGUAAUAAUGAAUCAGCAAAACGUUCACGUGAUACAAGACGAAUUAAAGAACAACAAAUUCAAAAACGCGUAACUUUUUUGGAACAUGAAAAUUUACGUUUAUCAAUGGAAAAUCAAGCUAUUCGAUAUCAACUUUCUCAACUUCAUACUUUAUGCGAUAGAGUAUCAAAGCCAUUACAAUAA